AUGGUCAGAAAUAUCUGCUUCCGCACAAGAAAGGACAGUGAGGAGGCUCCCAAGGGAGGAAGGAUUCUAAAUUCCUGCCCCUUCGGAGAUCAGCAGAGGAUGCAUAAGGACUCUCUUCCGAUGCUUCUCAGCAGGGAUGCAUUCACCAUAUCAUGCUCUCCCAUGAACAUGAAGAAUAGCAUCUACCAGAGAAGCAAGUGUCCAAAUAUCCAGCCCGCGAGCCCGUACCCUAAAGGCUAUGCGGCCCUCAUGACCCAAAACUUUGGGCACCCCUGGACCCAAUGGAUCGAUGAACUCCAGUGCUUCAACUGUCAUGUCUGCCCCAUCACCCCUGACCGGCUCGCCAUUUUCCAAUCCAUCCAGCUAGGAGAUGCUUGCACUUCGGCCACAUUCAACUCCAGUGAAAAAAACCGGAUCUAUCGAUACAAAUGCUGUUUAGGAAAGAUGGAGAUUGGAGAUCUGCACGAAAUGGAAGAAGUCCUGACCAAGAUGACAAAGAAAGAUAAAAUGAAAUUAUUGGUGGAUCUAAUAUCCCAGAAUUCGUCCCGCAGUCGCAAGACCGUUUCUUGCAAGGAGGUGGAAUGGGUGAAGCUGCAGAGGAGACAAAUAUCUCAAAUUCCCAAGUGCCAGAGAAGGAAACCGAAGAAGGAGUUUGUUCACGUAUGGCUGUGGAACUUCCUCAGUCUUCAUGGACAACAUUCGCCUUGUCCAACGAAGAAAAUAUUUGUCCAGGGCUUCACGGAGCAGCGUUCCAACUACAUGAAGCACAAGGUUCUAGCCAUUGAUGAUAGUGACUGGGUGACCAUGGUAGUUGAUGGCAUGGAUCAAAACAAGACUAAUAUCCCUCGAUUUGCGGAGGAAGACAGGCAAGCCGGCAGCCUACCGAAAAUCAUCACACACAUUUCAGGAGUCAUGGUCUACUCACGCAAGGGGAUUCGAGAAUUUGCAUUUGUUGACCAGGGAGAAUAUCCUCACGACUCGAACCUCUGUGCAGGAGUCAUCCUCCGUUCCCUCCUCCAUGUUAGGCAUGACUUGAAGAGCAAGCUGUUCCUUCAGAUGGACAACUGUGCCAGGGAAAACAAAAAUAAGUACAUAUGUGCCCUUGCACACAUGUUGGUUGAGACUGGCAUAUUCAAAGAGGGCCAGACAUUUUCUGACCUUGAAGCUUUUACAUUGAUUCCUUAG